UCUGUGUGGGGAACAUGAGAGCCAGACCAAAGCUCAGAGGAAGAAACGAGGAACUAAACGCAAACAUGAACCUGGACCCAGCUCUGUGUCUGUAAAGAGUGACCAGUCUAUGAAGGCAGUAGUUGGUUUUAAAGUCCAGCCUCUGUCUGCUGCAGAGAGCAGGAUCAAGGAGAGACCUGCUGGACGUGAACCUGGACCCAGCUGUGUGUCCGUAAAGAGUGACCAGUCUAAAUAUGACCGUAUUGAUUUUAAAGGACUGCAGUCGUCUGCUGCAGAGAGCAGGAUCAAGGAGAGACCUGCUGGACGUGAACCUGGACCCAGCUGUGUGUCCGUAAAGAGUGACCAGUCUAAAUAUGACCUUAUUGAUUUUAAAGGACUGCAGUCGUCUGCUGCAGAGAGCAGGAUCAAGGAGAGACCUGCUGGACGUGAACCUGGACCCAGCUGUGUGUCCGUAAAGAGUGACCAGUCUAAAUAUGACCGUAUUGAUUUUAAAGGACUGCAGUCGUCUGCUGCAGAGAGCAGGAUCAAGGAGAGACCUGCUGGACGUGAACCUGGACCCAGCUGUGUGUCCGUAAAGAGUGACCAGUCUAAAUAUGACCGUAUUGAUUUUAAAGGACUGCAGUCGUCUGCUGCAGAGAGGAUCAAGGAGAGACCUGCUGGACGUGAACCUGGACCCAGCUGUGUGUCCGUAAAGAGUGACCAGUCUAAAUAUGACCGUAUUGAUUUUAAAGGACUGCAGUCGUCUGCUGCAGAGAGAGUGGACCAGCAGAGCUCAGAGGUUCACAGUGGUCAGUUUUCAUCUCCAUGCUGCUCUUUGUAG